AUGGCGGACUCUCAGCAACAGAAUGAAUACUCUAAAAGUUUAUUUGCAAACAAUUUGAAAGGCUUGGAUGCAUACUCCCGCCAUAAAAAGUUUAUGAACGAUUAUGUUAACUUUUAUGGUCGAAAGAACAAUCAGGGAACUAAUUCUAAUGCAGAGAAGCAAUACAAAAGUGAAUUUGAUAUAUUGAAAGAGAAUCAUAAAUUUCUUCGUUCUGAAGAAGAUGAAUCGGAAUUAACCUGGGAGCAACGGCUUGCCAAAAAGUAUUAUGAUAAAUUGUUUAAAGAAUAUUGCAUAGCAGAAUUAAAAUAUUAUAAAGAGGGCAAGAUUGCAUUACGAUGGAGAACCGAAAAAGAAGUUAUAAUAGGCAAAG